CCGGGCGCUCGGCUCCACCCGUGGGCGUUACGGCGGGCGGCCGCCGUUGUCCCGGUGACGGUGUCCCUACGGCCCGGGCUCGUCACCCCCCGGCUGCGGCCCGGUCGAGCUUCUCCUGCAGGUGAUGGAGAAGUACCAGGUGCUGGGCCUCAUCGGGGAGGGCAGCUACGGGGUGGUGAGCAGGUGCAGGAAUAAGGAGAACGGGCAGGUGGUGGCUGUCAAAAAGUUCCUGGAGAGCGAGGACAACGCGGCGGUGAGGAAGAUCGCCGUGCGGGAGAUCAAAGUGCUGAAGCAACUGAGGCAUGAGAAUCUUGUGAGCCUGCUGGAAGUGUAUAAAAAGAAGAAACGGUGGUAUCUGGUGUUUGAAUUUGUGGAUCACACAGUGCUUGAUGAUCUUGAGGCAUUUCCACAUGGACUAGACUACAGCAGGGUUCGGAAAUACUUAUUUCAGAUUUUGAGAGGAAUAGCGUUUUGUCACAGCCAGAACAUAAUACAUCGGGAUAUUAAGCCAGAGAACAUACUGGUCUCCCAGUCAGGAGUGAUAAAACUCUGUGACUUUGGUUUUGCUCGCACACUGGCAGCUUCUGGGGAAAUUUACACGGACUAUGUGGCAACUCGAUGGUACAGAGCUCCAGAGCUGCUGGUGGGAGACACGAAAUAUGGCAGGGCUGUGGAUGUGUGGGCUAUUGGCUGUCUGGUAACAGAAAUGCUCACAGGAGAGCCCCUGUUCCCUGGAGAUUCAGACAUUGACCAGCUCUACCAUAUCACCAGGUGCCUCGGUAAUUUAAUUCCAAGACACCAAGAGUUAUUCUGUAAAAAUCCUCUCUUUGCUGGCAUGAGGUUGCCUGAAGUGAAAGAGGUUGAAUCUCUGGACAGACGAUAUCCUAAGCUCUCUGCUUCGGUGCUAGAUUUAGCCAAGGAGUGUUUGCAGAUUGACCCAGACAAAAGACCAUCCUGUGCUGAACUCUUGCAGAGUGAUUUCUUUAACAAGGAUGGAUUUGCUGAAAGAUUUUCUCAAGACCUUAAAUUAAGGAUUCACAAAGAAGCCAGAGACCGUCAAUUACAAAACAAAUCAAAAAUCAGCAGAAAGGAUAAAGAUGAUGCUGUAGAAGAAAGAAAGAUGCUUGGUUUACAGGAUUUCAACACUGACUCAAAGAGCAGAAAUGUGAAGAUGUACAAAGUGAAGUGUUCUAAACCCGAUGGAGAGAAAGCAGAGCGAUCUUCCAACCUGAGCUCCCUCUAUGACAGUGCAGUCAACCCAUUCAAAAUAUGCUCUCAAACCAACCUGAAAGAUUCCGGUAGCAACUUGGACUACAUCAAGAAUGCAGGCAUUGUUAUUCCUCCCAUUAACAGGAAUGUUUCUCCCACUAUGUCUACGAUGGUGCCUGUGCCUGGGAACUGUAACUACAGAGUUGAUGAAAGGAGUAAGAAUUACUUGAAACCAUUUUUGAAGCAAAUGAAGCAUUCUCCAGCAGACCAUUACAGUAUAAGCUUGACUUCGGUCUCUAAUGAAAAGAACAUCCUUCAGGCAAGUAAGAAAAAAUGGGAAUUCUCUAAGACAGAUGUGCAUUUGCCAGAACUAAAUCAUCUCCCUGAACUGAAAGGAGUGGAAGGAUGGCAUCCCAGAUAUCUCAAAAAGGAAAAUAAAGCUGUUUCAGAGUCCCGAGUCCCGUCCCUUGCUGCUAUUGACCUUCAUAACACAAGUCUGGCCUCACAGCAGGUAUAGAACUCAUUGCCACACUGUGUUGUAGAUGAGAAGAUUUUACAGAGAUUCAAAGUAAUCCAUAUAACAGCAAAAGCAAUAAUUAAAAAAAAAAAAACAUAUGAUGCCACCUCUGGAUGUUUUUAAGCAGUGCAUCACUACUGGAAUGCUGGCAAAACAUGACAAUGAUGCAUCACUGUCAGCUUGCUCCAGCAUUCAGUUUUUCCAUAGAUUACUAUUUUGGACAGUAAUGGAGAAGAUAUAUACGUAGGCUGCUCUGAAAGUAAUGCCUCCCAUUUAUUUCCAUGGAUGCAACAAUAGAUACAAAGAGAACACUAACAUAGUUUGAUAGUGUUCUGUAGCUAAAAAUAUGCACAAUUUUUCAACAUUGGCACCACCUUUAGCUGUGCAUUCUUGACAGCUAUGAACAAGAGCCUACAUGCCAUGCUCGUAGAAGUCUAUACCUGUGAAGGUGACUCAUUCUUGUUAUUGCUGUUGCUGAAAUGCCUCACUGUGCUCACAUCCACAGUUUGGGCUCCAUAAAUGUUCAGCAUGUGUUAAUGGAUGUCAAGGGGUGUCAUUUUUUCCCACAUGGAGGAAUUCAGUAGCAUUUAUGCUUAAUCUACACUUCCACAUCAGAUGCUAUGUUGCCAGACUGCCCCUCUGCUGCCAUCUACAGCAUGGCAACGAUAUGUAAGAAAAUACUGGUGGAAAGGUUCAGCCUCUACUGCCAUACCACCAACAGACACUUCUGACAUGAUGGGUCUACACAGUGAAAUAUGAGGCAUUACUUUUGGAGCAGCCCUCAUACAUUUGGGACAGAUCUUUGGUGUGACUCAAUACACAUGUUCCCCUGCUGCUUCCUGGAAGUCCAUAGAACUAUGCACAAGUCAGUGAAGUAUUUUAACAAGCCUAGGGAAUCCAUCGAUCCAUCCAUUUCAGAGAAUAAGCUUUCCUACAAGCAGUAUUUAGACAUGGUAAGAUUCCAAACCAUGUAAUUUAUAAAACAAUGACAAUCUAAAUAGCUGCUUGCAGUUCUCAUUUUCAUUCUUUGGCCAGAUGUCCCCCUUUAAUACUUCUACAGUGAUUUAUAGUCCACUACUUACUUCAUUUCCAGCAGCUUCAGUUUAUGCUGUGUUGUCUGCAGACUCAGCUGAAGGUCACAUUUUGUAGUCUCUGCAAGUAGAUAUUUCUGAUGCAGUUGUUCUAGUUUUCUAUUGUCAGAUUCAUGUCCUCCGUAUUCUCUGCAAAUCUUAAGAAUACGAUUUAUUGACAGAUCAUCUUUACCUUUCACUAGUUACUGACACAGCAGUAAUGGUUAAAGAAGCUACUCCUCACUGUGCCCUAUUUCCAGAGAUUUAAAACAAAACUGGCUAUAAAUGAAUUUAGGUGUUUCUUCUAAAAAGGUAUUCCAAGGAUCUUGCAUUAAUUUAGUUUUCAGUAUAGCGUGCUUAAAUUUAAGUUGGAACACAUACCAAUGUGCUUUUAGAUCAUGUCAAACAACUCUUUUUACACUUCUCAAAGAAUGCCCUUUUCAUUUUAUUACUUAAAGUUUUAAUUUUCCGGCUUAAAACUUAAAAUACUGACAUGCAUGUUUAAUGGUAUGAAAAUCAAUUCAACAAAUAAGGAAAUCAAAGAUCACAGCAUAGUCCUUCAUUCUAGUGUUAGGGAAAAACAUGAGAGGUGGGGAAAAAUAAGAAGACAUUUUCAUACUGAGGAUAGAUGUGAAACAUGAUGUAGAAAACACACAAUUGCCUUACCUUUUCAAGUUCUUCUUCCACUGCUCGCUUUUCUCUAAUGGCUCGUUCUAUUUGAUCUUGCUUUUCACCACAUUCCUAUUUCAGACAGUCAUUUAAAUAAACCUCUCAUUUGUCUUUUAUAUGAAUAAAUAACUCACGAUAAAAAUUCUACACGCUAUGUUACCAUCUACUGUUGCUGCUUGUUGUCCCCUAUGCAAACAAAGCUGUACAAAAGAUGUGAAGAUGCUCUGUACUGGUAGUGAGGAAACUGGUACACAGAAGUACAAAGCUCCAGAUCCAGAGCUACAGUAGGAUAUAUUGGACCUAUAUGAGGUCCUAUGGUAGAUCCUACUGGACUUAAACAGGUACAGUAAAAUCUAGCUCCUUUCAUUGGCAGCACAAGAGACCCAGGAUAGGAUCUAGCUCACUGCUUACAUAUUUGCGAAGAGAAGUAAAAACAGAAUCAGAUCUAUUCUAUAUGCCUGCUUAUUUGCCCUCAUUCCUUUGCCUUAGCUUUAUGGCAAAUCCAGGUAGAAGAGAUCAAAAUUGUGCUUUGUAGGAAAGUUAAUGUUCACAUAAUUGUAUUUUUUAAGAGUGACUGAAACACCAGGGCUACACAGCAUCAGUGCCUAUUAGUACACUAUAUAUGCACACAAACUGUUAGAUUGUUGGGGCUUAAAUGAAAGUUUCUUGUGCAGUUAAGAACAUUUCACCUGGCCAUAAUAAAAAUCUAUACACAAUUCCUUCCAGACAACACCGUAAACAAAACAAUUCUAGUAAGGUCUCUCAAAUGGGCCAAGAUAAAAGUAUCCCAAGCCUAUCAUUAUUGACUCAUGCAUGCACGUAAAAACAUUGUGACACUAUAGAAGAACUAAGUUCUGAUUACUUACUUACAACUAAUCAUUAGUAACUUCUAUUCAAUAAUAAAAAGAAACACUAGUCUAGAAGGAAGUGUAUCAAAAGGGCUGACCUUUUUGUCUAAAACUAAGAGCUCCCUCUUCACCAAACUGCUUAUAAUAUUUUACUGGAUUUACUUUUGUAUUCAAUUAAAUAUUUAACUUGAUAAACAAAUAACUAUCAGAUGUUUUGCUAGCACAGACAUUCUCAAAAGUCAAGUUCAUACCAUAUGAAGAGCUAAAAGUUCUUCUGUUAAUUGAGAGAUCUGUACGUUGUAUUGUUUCUUUGCAAUGUCCACCUGUGAUCAAAAACAAAGCAAAACUAAAUAAUAAAUAUUGCCAACUAUUUUCCCAUCCUGUUUUUACAUCAUAUUAAAUCACAGAAUCAUUUAGAUCGGAAAAGACCUUUAAGAUCAUCAGUUCCAGCCAUCCACCUGACACUACAAGUCCACCACUAAACAGUGUCCAUAAGCACCACAUCCAUACAUCUCUCAAAUACCUGCUGUAUUAAUACCUGUUGUAAGAAUAUCAUGUGGGUUGGAAGAGUACCUAUCUAGAUAAUAAGGCCAAAGAGCACAAUACUGUCAGUAUUAUAUGCACUUACUACUUACAUUAUCAAAUCACUUAAAAGAAAACUGCUGAUGUGACUGUGUAUAAUACAGAAUGAUUUAAUUUUUAACUUCAUAGUUGGUUCUUUCUAAACAUCAUAACUUACUGCCUUUCUAAUUCUUGCAGCAGUAUCUUCUGUGAGCUGAAAUAUCUCAUCUUUCAUCUUUCUGAUCUCCUCUUCCUUUUGUUUCUUCUUAAACAGUGCCUAAAAAAAAAACAACACAAACAAACCAGAAAUAUUACUGCUAAUCCUUCUGUUGUGACACCAUAUCAAGCAGUGAGAAAUGAAACCACACAUAAUCAGUGUUCAAAAGAACUUUCUGCCUUGCACUUUACAGCAGCUGACACCAAGACCCAACAAGAAAGGAAGAACAGAAAUGAUCUCUGUUAAGAAUUAGAGUGCAUGUAUAGGAGCACACACUUUCCUACAUGGAGCUGAGCACUUUUUUUUUUUUUUAAAUGGU